AUGUCUCUGAAAUUAUUCGUAAUUAGUUUCGUCAUAGUUGCUGCGGUCGCCAACGCAGAAGAUAAAGUGGAAAUUUUAACUGAAAGAUCCUUCGUUAGAGAAAACGGAUAUGAUUUCGAAUUUAAAACAAGUGACGGUGUGUCGCGUAAGGAACAAGCCCAGCUUAUAACAGUUGGUGACCACCAAGGCAUUGGAAUCCAGGGCUCCUACUCCUACCCGGCUCCAGACGGUCUGACAUAUGAAGUCACCUUCACAGCUGACGAUAAAGGCUACAAACCUCAAAUACGUGUUCUUCCUACUGGUUCCCAAUAA